AUGGAAAAGCGGACUUGGGACAAUCAUUUGUUAAAUAAAUGUAUCAAACUGCCGAUAGUGGAGGAUGUUGCCUUCAGAGUCAUACAAUUCAAUCUUCAUAUUUUCCGGGAAGAGCCCCACCAAAAAUUUACAUUCAAACCCGUUCAAGCUCUCGAAGUAGAUAUCUGA